AGGGUAGCGCCGGGGCAACCACAAAGCGAGCGGGAGGUGGGGGCGGGGGGCGGGGGCGUCGCUCCGAGAAUGAGGCCGGCCGCGUUAGCGGGGCUCCCGCCGCCGCGAUGGGGCGGGGCAGCGAAGGCGGCGGCGGAGGAGGAGCAGGAUGUGGGGGUGCUUCGGCCGUAGCCGCGGAGGAGCGCGGGCAGGUGACUGACCGACCGUUAGCGGUAGUGCUAUUAUGAACUUAAAAUCUGUGCAUACAGCCAAGUCUUCAGAUCAGCAGCUUUUCAAACAUUUGCAACAUGAAUAACAUUAAACCAGUUCCAAAAUUCUCCAUACACCCCCCUGUCCUUCAUACCAACCUAAAAGGCAGAACGAAUGAACCAUCUUUAAACAAAGAUUUACAUCAGAUUUUCCAAGACUCUCUUGAAUCUGAUCCAGAAAUCUCCAUCCAAGAAAUAAAAUUCCAGUCUACUCUUGAAAAACAGAACCAAGCCUUAAUGAAGGAAGUUUUUGAAGAAAUGGAGCCUGACAGCUUAGAAGAAGGAAGUCCACAAUUUCAAAAUCUGAGCAAGUCAGAAGAAGCCAGUAAUGAAAUAGUUAAGCUGUCCCCUAGAAAGCAUCCCCAUCCUCAAGUCCCUGGUGAGAACAAAAGUCAGCAUCUGUUAGUGGACAAAUAUUCAGACCUCCGGUAUGACCCAAACUGGAAGAAUAACAAAGAAGGAGGAGAAAUUUCAACUGUGAAAAGAUUACAGCCGACUGAAGAAAGCUCCACACAAAGCUUUUCUUGGGAUCCACUCUGUUCUUCUAAGGAAACUUCAUUUGAGCUGUCAAGGGAAAAAAGUGACCUGGAGAAAAGCCCACAAAGUUCAGUUACAUUAAUGGGCAGUGAAUUUUUGAGCUCUAAUUAUGAACGUGGUGACCUAAAUAGUGAAUCACUUUCAUUUUUAAGUAAUAGUGAUGUAGGAGACACAGAGCACAUCAAGAGUUCAAGUUCACAUAAUGACGUCUUCCUGCCAGGACCACGGCCUCGACCAAGGAAGUCUAAACAAAAUAUUGUGGAAAAAAAUAAAGUGACAUUAGGAUUAUCAAUUCAUAAGACAGGCUCUUACCUUAAUCAACACAAUAAGAAAAUGGGUGGCAGCCGUCCAGAAAAGAUCUCCAGCACUGUCAUGACUAACACAAAGCCUGAGGAAGCUGAAAAUCCUGUUGCAGAUGCUGAAGACAAAUGGCAUCAGAGAGCCCAGAUGUUACAGGAUUACCAAGGACAGAGGUCUCAAUCUGAAAGAACAAAAUUCACUCAAGUGCCUAGACAGAUAACUUCUGAAACAACUGAUGGCAGGAUCCCUUCAAGAAGAAAAAGCAUGCGUAAAGUUCGAAAACAGUAUAAACUCUGGAGUGGGCCCAAAUCAGCAAAUUCUCAUAUUAAGCCCAGUGUGCCUAAAGAGCUAGAUAUAAGUCAAGGUAACCAGAAUUCUAUGCCCACAGGACAGUAUAAACAGAUUAAGCCAGCUGUUCCUUCAAUAAAUCUUGAACAGGGUGUAAAUUUGAAUAAGCCUGUUAAUCAUUUACAAGACUCAAAUGCUUUUAGACUCCAACAUUACAAAGAAGCAUCUAGUAACUCUACUUUAUCUAAACAACCUUUUAAUAAACCCACUUAUAAAAAUCCUGUUGGAUUUAAUUCUUUAUUGCAUAUUAAUGAAGAAAGAGAACAUCAACGUUUCCAAGAAAGUAGUUCUUUGAUUUACAGGUUCAAUAUUCAACCUGACUGGAACUUCAACUAUAUUAAUGGAUCAUCUAAGGGCCGCCGACAGAAAGGCUCUAAAUCUACUUCUAAUGUGGAUAAUCAAGGAUCAUUUGAAAAUAAAGCUUCACCUCUGAAACAACCAAAACAGAUCUAUUCAGAAUCAAGCUAUAAUAAUGUAGAUAUGCUAUGGAAAUUCCAUCCUUCAUCUGAAAGUCAACCAGCAAGGGUUUCUCCAGAUACUCAGCUCACCCAAAUAAUGGAGCAGCAUCAACAAGCUUUAUUGCAACUUACAGAAGUUCAACCCAGUGAAGUGACUUCCUCCAAUACCAUGUUUCCAUCAAUAUUCUCAAGAGUAGACAGUGAAUCCCAGCUCAAUACUGGAAAAAGCCAGAAAAGUCAGACAACACUUAGCCGUUGCAAUUCUGAAGGCUACCUGCUACAACUGGAGAAGCAGAAGAGGCAUAAGGACAGAGUUGUCAAUAAGAAUUAUAAUCUGAAAGGUUACCAGAAAAAAGAUGUGAAGCUUGGAGGCCUCGGACCUGACUUUGAGUCCAUCAAAGACAAAAUCACAAAAUUAAAGCAACAGAAGGAAUAUGCAAAACAAGUUAAGGAAUACAACAUGAAAGCUCUGUCCUCUGGAUCAAAACCACAAACAGCAAAACCUGAGAGUAAACCUUCCAUUUCUCGGCAGAAGGCUUUGGAAUAUGCUAGAAAAAUUCCGAAACCUAAACCAGUUUUGCCAUCGAAUCAGAAUGAUCAAGAAUUGAAGCAAACGAGCAAUCCAUCUGUUUCUGGAAAAGAAAGGAAUUUACCUGAAAUCUCAUUACUAGAAGUGCUACAGAGCAGACACGAAAGAGAAAAACAGGCUGUAGCUGCUUUCAAAGUCCUUCACAUCGUGUAGAAAAUGUGUCCUUAAGAAGACCUAGUAGGGGCAAAAUUUAUGAAAAAAGGGAACUCCAAUACAAUUGUUCCCUAUAGACAGUGACUGCCUUUUAUUCUAAUCAGGAUACAGUCUAUAUAUGUUUCUAUAGGAUUAAAAAUAUUGGGCCAUAUUACAUGGCUCCAGAAUCUGCUUUCCUUUGGGUCAGAAAUUAUAUUGAAAUCAUUUACUUUUCAAAUCAGUAAGAAUUUGAACAUUAAAGCCUUUUAGUUUAAUAAUAUUGGAUAUUUUGAUUUUUUAAUAUGUUUAUUUUUAUUUUACAAAAUUCUACCAAUGAUGUUAUAUGAAAUUAAUUUGCUCAUACAUUAUCUCUUUCUUGUUAAGGAAAAUAUUUUUAAAAGAAUUUCAUUUUCUCCCACAAUAAAAUUUACAUAGACUAUUUGAUCACAAGUAAAUUUUGAAUCAAUAUUUUAUAAAAUUAUGAAAGUAAUAAGUGGAGUUUCAUAUAAUGUAUGUGUGUGCUUAUAUGGAAAACUCCAGAAAUGGGAGCACAUUUAAUUGUACCCAUUCAAAAUGAGCAGAUUUUAACUUUCUCUUUUAAGAAAGCAUCAGUUAGAUUUAACUGAGUAGAUCCAGAAGUACUCAACUGAAUUCAGGCACAUCUGGACAAAUAUUCUUGAAAAAAUUCAUUUCAAUACCACAUACAUUUAUUAAGCACUUACCAGAUGCUAGGCCCUAGGUUAGAUACUAGGAAAACAAAGAGGAAAUACAACACAGUUCAUAUCUUCAAGGAGCAAAGGAGAAAGCCUGAUAAAAUGCUAGAAGAAAGUAUGAAGGGAAAAUCUUUUUCAACUAGGUUUCAUGGAAAUGACACUUGAAGUUGAGUCUUCAAAAGAGAGAAUUUCAAAAGUUGUUCAGGAAUAGGAAAUGAUCUGUGUAAGCGCCAACUUUAGAGAAUACAGGUAAAAUUGGGGAAACUUUGGCCAGUGCAAUUUGGCUAAGACAUAAAAGACAUGCAGAGGAAGGAGUGUGAAGGAAAAAAAGUUAAAGUUAAAUCGUGGAAGUGCUAGUUUAAGGAGUUUUUCUUUUAGCCUAUAGAUAGUAGAACUACUAAUGCAGAGAUGUGAUCUGAUUACACCAGAUGUCACUAAUGCAGAGAUGUGAUUUGAUUAUACAGGAUGUCCCAAAAGUCUUACUUGCUUUUUUAACCUUUCGAAGUUAAAAAUUAUUGUUUUGGAGCAUGGAUUAGACAGGAACCUGAGAAUGGAGAAGGAAAUAAGGUUAGUGCAACAUAACCUAGGAAAGAAGUAAUAUGGACCUCAAAUAGGUGGUAGAAGUAUUCCUGGAGAAGAAGAACCAGAUUCACAAAAUGUUUUAGAGGUUGAAUUGACAGGACCUUGAAAUGGAUUUGGGGUGAGGGAAAGAGUUGGAGAGAGAAAGGGGGAGGAAAGGUAAAAAAAAAAAAAAAAAAAGCUUUAAAGUUCUGUCCCUGGAUUACUGGAUAGAUAGUA